AUGUCUUCCAAUACAGAAUUAAUACGUUCAAUGACAUUAUAUGGUGGUUUUCCGAUAUAUAUUUGUGGUACAAUAGGAAAUUUACUUAAUAUACGUUGUCUUUGGCGAAAUCGACAUAAUCCAUGUGUAUUUAUAAUUUUAUCUUCGUCAAUUAUUAAUUGUAUUGUUUUAUUUUAUGGUCUAUUUACAAGAAUAUUAAGUGUUGGAUUUAAUCUUGAUUGGUCAACAACAAAUUUAAUUUGGUGUAAAACACGUGUUGCUUUUAGUCAAGCAGGUUAUUUUAUGUCAUUAACAUGUGUAUGUUUAGCAAGUAUUGAUCGAUUCUUAAUUAGUUGUCGACAAGAAAAAUAUAGAAAUUUAAGUCGAUUAUCAUUUUCGCGAUGGGCAGUUUUUUUAACAAUUAUAUUUUGGUUAAUUCAUUCACUUCCGGAAUUAAUCUACGGUAUCAUAAUAAAAAAUCCAUAUACAGGUUUAACAUUUUGUUCAGUUAUUUCACCACAAGCUCAUAUGAAUUAUCGAUUAUAUGUUUCAUUACCUAUUUAUCUUGGUUUAUUACCAAGUACAAUUCUAAUAAUAACAGGUUUAAUGACAUAUCGAAAUACAAAUAAACUACAGAUAACACGUCAACGUGAAAUAAUUCAAAAACAAUUAACAAAAAUGAUGCUUAUACAAAUACCGAUAAUAAUUUGUUCAACAUUACCAUAUGUAAUAUUUACAGAAUAUACAGUUUUUUCUGCAACAAUAAUAAAAACUUCGAAUCAAAGAAUAAUCGAAAAUAUAAUUACAAAUAUCGUUACACUUUUAUUUUAUAUGUCAUUUGCAUGUUCAUUUUUCGUUUUUUUUAUUUCAUCGAAUUCAUUUAGACAAGAAGCAAAAUUAUUCUUCUUAUGUCAUAGAACAAAUUUAUUUCGAAAUAUUCAAAUUCAACCGCAUCCACUAUCGACUAUCAGAGAUACAACUCUAUAA